UCACAACAGUAGGCACACUGAUACCUACAGUGGAGCUCAAGGGGCGGGCCGAGUCCAGGGGAGUUAGGUGGAGAGCGCUGUCGCGUUGUGGAAGCCAGCAGUGCUAUGAGCUGGACAUGUGAACCGUUGCUGCACGUCCAAUUGUUAUGAAUGAACCAGAGGCUUCUAAGUUCUAACCACUAGAUUAGAGCCGACUGAACUGUACAUGCUAACUUCUCCUAGCUCCCUUUUAGUCGUCGCCUGAGUAGUGUCAGACCUAAUCCUCUCCCAGCAGCAUAGAUCAAGCAAAACCCCACGUUCAAGCUUUAUUUAGAGUUUGCGAUUUCGCUUAUCCUCUCACGCCCGUUGUGCACCAAACGAGGCCGGUAAAGUCGUGACGUUAUUUUCACGUUCCUUCGCGGUCUAGGUUUCCCAACUGUUGACCCGUCCAUCACUGUUCCCUCUCUCAAUAAACGUUCCCUUUCGCAAUAUACUUUUAGUUGUCUCGGAGACUGAGCCAUUCGGUUCGGCAAAGACGGCGCCAAUGGCGCUUCGCGCCGCCUUAAAGUUUCCUAGUUCUCACAGCUUCGGCUCAUAGCAGGAGCAUUUUGAAUCGACUCUCUAGUCACCUUGAGGCUUGGGAGGAGCCUCGAGCCAUCCCAAUCGCCUUGGUCCUAUCAAUUUCCCAAACUCACAUCCGUUCUUAUCGCUCUUUCAAGAGGCGUUCUCUGCUAUAAAUUUAGUACUUGUUUUCUGCCCGACCAUCCAGAAUAUAAGCGUGUGUUUUAGGUUUGUGGUAACCACAUGGCUACCAGCCGGCAGCGCGGUUACGCUCAGCCGCUAUCCGGCGGGGAGGAGCAAGGCGGGCCCAUGUCCCCCUACUCGCAGCCCCGCCGAAUGGCCCCCGGCGGAGGCGGAGGGGAAGGUCCCCCCGCCCGCAAUCCCGGUCGCGGACGCCGCGUAGCUGGUGCCGGCGGCGGCGGCGCUCCGCAGGCGCAAUUCACGCGGAUCAACUCGAUGAUCUACCAGCCAUCUCCGCAGCAAGACGAGCAGCCGGCGGAGCCCCGUUAUAAGCGGACUCUCUCUAUGGUCGCCCCCGCGCCGAACAACAAGACCCCCCCGCGCGGAACCAGAGCAGGUGGGGGCCCGCACCCCGGCGGGGGAGCCAUGGGCGCGGGGAGGGGCGGGCGGGGGAAGCUUCCGCACUCGUCGUCCGUGGGCGGACCGGACGGCGGAAUGCGCAGGGGGGUAGGGGCGGUCGGCGCGGGGGUGGAAGACCCCUUGGCGGAUCAAUUCGGGCGGAGCAUGACGGUCGGAAGCAAAGCGCCCACUCCCCGCGGGCCCGGCGCGGGGAGAGGCGCUGGCGGAGGCGGCGUAGGCGGAGGGGGGCCGUUUGGUGGCGGAGAGCCGGAGAUCGGACGGUCGUUAACGGCCACUGACGGUCGGCACCGGUCGCCGUUAAGACAGAACCCUCACGCGACGGGGGGGAUGGGCGUUGGGGGGAUGAUCACUCCGCGGAGGACCCAGGCGCAGCAGAUGGUGGCGGGCGGAGGGCGCGGCGGAAUGGGGGGAAUGGGGAUGGGGGGAGGCGCGCCGGGCAGUCCGUACCGCCAGCGCGCGGGGAGCGGGUUUUCGCAGGGUUACAUGGAGGGAGGGGAGUACGGCGAAGACGGCGACGGGAUGUACGAAGACGGUUACAACCAGGCGAACAUGCAGCGGUCACGAUCCACCGGCAUGGGGAUGAUGGGCGGAGGCGGGCGCAUGGGGGGCGGAGGGAUGCCCAUGGGGGGAAUGGGCGGCGGAAUGCCCCCGCAUGGGCCUGGGGGAAGGGGAAUGGGCGGAAGCGGACGCAUGGGCAUGGGGGAAGAGCACUACUACACGUCGGACGCGUCGGAAGGGGGCGGCGGCGGGGGGCUGUAUCCGCGCAGCCGGUCGAUGAACCCGCGCGUGGAGGGCGUGGGGGAGGCGGGGGGAAUGGCGGCGCAGGGAAAGGCGGGGAAGGCGGAGGUGGACCCGUCGGAGCUGCCCAUGCUGCCCCCGCCGGGGACCCCGCAAGUUGUGCAGUGCCAGCGCUGCUCCCAACUCCUGGAAGUGCCAGCAGCCCUGCCCCCAGCGAAGAAGGGAAUCCAGAAGCUGCGUUGCGGCAAGUGCAUGCGUGUGUCUCGCUUCACAGUCAACCCCGCCGACCCCCGCUCCGCCGCCGCUGCUGCUGCCGCGUCUGGCGGCGUGAGCGGUGGGGAGGGGUUUUCCGACAACCCCGAUGUGGCUGACAGCGGGAGUGAGUACCAGCAGCAAGUGCCGCCUAGAUCGCCUAGGCUGCUACAGGGGCUGCCAGGAGCAGGGUUUGGCGGGGGGAGAGGAGGGAUGGGGGGAGGAAUGGCAGGGGGAGGGGGAGGCGGAGCUCCCCCGCUUUCCCCCCGCAUGCAGAGGCCUGGUGGGGGGAGUUUUGGUGGUCCCGGGGGCCCAGGUCAGCAGGUGCACAAUCCAGGUCAGCACGGGCGCAUGCCGUCCAACGCGGAUUCCGAGAGCACUGUUGUGAUUCGCCAGGAGUCGGCUGGGCGACACGCGGCCGGCAGUUUCUACCACCACAUGCGGCCAGAAUCGGAAUCGGAUCUGAGCUCCCCUGUGAGCGGUGCAGAGGGGUAUGGGGGCGGAAGGGGAGGCGGAAGGGGGGGAGGCGGAGGGGGAGGGAGGGGGGAUCUGCGGUGGGGGGCCCGAGACGGAUGAUCUACCAGCGGCAGAGUAGCUUUGAGUCUGGGGAUCUGUCUUCCAGUGGGGGAAUGCCCAGCCCGUCCCCCAGAGGACAGAGAGAGGGGGGGGAAUGGGGGGAGGAGGGGGGAGCGGGGGAGAGGAUCGGGUGACGUUCACGCGGCGGGUGAUUGUGAAUGGGGAGCCGAUUCGCGAUGACUAUGUGUCUGUGGUGGAGCAGCGGGCGGGGCCCAUUCACCCGGGCAACUUCUGGUACGAUCAGAUUGCAGGGUUCUGGGGUGAGAUGGGCGGCCCUUGCCUUGGCAUCAUCCCACCGGGAAUCGAGUUUGGGACCCCAAUCCCAGUGGACUGUGCAGGGGGCGCCACGCGUGUGUACGUGAACGGGAGGGAGCUGCACAAGAAGGACCUGGACCGCCUCAUGAAAAGGGGGCUGCCCUCCAAGCCCAACAUGUCGUACCGAGUGGAGAUCAAUGGGAGCGUGUACGAUGAGGAGACGGGCGACUACCUGCUCAGCCUGGGGAAGCUCGCACCCUCGCUAGAGACAAGGAAACGAGGUGGCGGCAUGAAGGUUCCUGAAUCUAACUGACGAGCUAGUCUCGUCCAUGUUGAAAGCUCUUGGUGUCAACCGUUCUGAUUACAGUAUAUUGAUCGUCUUCCGUUUCUGUAGGUCGCUUCGGUGGCAUGGCAUGACAGGUCCCUCGUACUCUGUCACUAGGGCUCCAGUUUAUCCGUGAUGCCUGUCACUGCCCUGACGGCAGGAUGGGAUUACCGUAUGUCAUGUUCUCUAACCCAUCUCAAUCCUGCUAUUGCCUACAGGAUGUAGAGUUGGCGUGGUAGAGAUAGCAUGUCGGUAAUUCAAGAUUAUUUUGUAUACAGAACAGAAGGCUCCUCA